CAAAAUACGAUUUCCCUGUAGCGCCACUCCACAUCGGAGUCCGACGGCGCCCAGCAAACAAGAAAGGUCUCGUUCGGGAGCGCAGGAACCGUUGUGGCUAGUACAACCAUGCUGCGUCGGCAAGCCAAGACCUCAUCCAAGAAAGUUGCGAAAGACAGGCCGCGACGACUGAGCGACGACGGCGACAGUGGUCGACGGACCAGCGACGCCGAUUUGGGCGGCGCGACCUACGACGACCAGUACGAGAAUGGAGAUGUACAUAACACGGGAGAAGGCAGCGGUGGCAGCAGCGGCGGCGGCUGGUGGAUCAACUGCGAGUGCUUUCUCUCUCUGCUGCUCGUGGCCGUGCUCGUGGCACUACCCUUCAACCUCCACAACGCCAAAGACCUUCUUCAAUCUCGAGACAGUUACAUCGUCAAGGCCGUCGAGAUGAUCCGGGUAGGCGCAUGCGACGACGCGGUCACGUUGUACGAGCGCGCGUUGAUCGUGGAGGAGAGUGCGACGAUCCACAACCAGCUCGCCGACGCGCUGUCUCAGUGCGGACGAACGAACGACGCGCUCAAGCACUACAUGAGCAGCAUCCGCCUCGAAGAAACGGGCAAGCGCAAGGUGCCGUCCCUGAUGGCGGUCGGCGACCUCUACCUCAAGAACACCGACUACUCGCUCGCGUCCAAGAGCUUUGAAACCAUCGUGUCGAUUCUACAGGACGAGCCCACCAAGGACUUGGUCGAAGCCUAUAUGAAGCUUGCCAAGGUGGACAUUGGGCUGCGUAGGUUCUCCACGGCAUACUCGCAUUACACGGCCGCCAGCGACCUUAUCAUUGGCGACUCGAUGCAAGCCGAGGUGCAUUAUAGAAUGGGCCACAUUGCACUAGUGAUGAACAGAUUGCCGUUGGCAAUCGACAACUUCAACGUCGCGACGACCAAGGGCACGCCGGCGCAACGGUCGCUCUUUACCCACAGCCUCGCGUACGCGUACUUGGAGCACGGGAUGCUAGUGGAAGGCAACCACGCGCUCGCGUCGCUGUUUGCAUCUCCGUCCAUGUACACGGAGGAGCGGUACAUCCGUGCGUCGUUCCAAGACCAUCACUACCCAUCAGGGCGAACUCCGUCGCAGUACUUGUCGCAGCUAUUUGACUUGUACGCGUAUCGUCAUAGCAUUGCUGCUGCUUCUUCUUCUUCUUCUUCGACCGUCGAUACAUUCCGCCACCUUCACGGCCUGCUCUUCGAGUCCAGCGUCCCCGCCGUCAUGUCGGCCGCGCUGCGCCUCCGCAUCGGCAUCUCGGACGGCGACCACUGGCUAGAUGUGGUGGAUUUCGGCUGCGGAUCUGGCCACGCUAUGGCUUGGUUCCGGUCGCUGAGUAGCUUUGUGCUCGGGAUCGACGUGUCGCCCAUGUCGAUUGAAAAUGCUCGGCAAUUGUCACUGUACGACGACUUGCAAAUUGGCGAUAUCCUCGAUGUCGGCGGCCACCUCCCAGAUGCAUCCUAUGAUCUCGUGCUAGCGAUCAACGCGCUGCCGUAUUUCGGAGAUUUGCGCCAGGUGUUUGAGCUGGCCCAUCGCAUCUUACGCCCAGAGGCAAUCUUUGCGUUUAACGUGGACUUGUUACCUCGACCAGAUGACGAUGAACAAGAACACGUGGACGAUGCCUUUAGUUUGCGCUUUUCGGGGAGGUGGACCCAUAACGAUGCGUACAUCAAGCAGAUUGUGCAACAACAUGGGUUUGUGCUGUUACACGAGGAGCAAGUCGACGACGACCAACCGUUUUUUCAACCCGCGCCGGGCGUAAUUCAACGCCGACCAUACGGAAAAGAACGGUCGAACGUGUAUUUAGUCCAAAAAUUAGCCGACCACGGCGUGUAAUUCGUAGUAUAAAAUACCGGUGGAAUCUAAAUCACCAAUGUAAUUGACACGGUCAUUUCUUA